AUGGAAGGCAGAGUCUUCGUGUUCUCUAUUGUGGUGUUCGGCUCCAUCGUGAACGAGGGCUACCUCAACACCCCGUCGGAGGCCGAAGAAUUCUGCAUCUACAACCGAAACCCCAACGCCUGCAGCUACGGCGUGACCGUGGGUGUGCUCGCCUUCCUCACCUGCUUGCUUUACCUGGCCCUGGACGUGUACUUCCCGCAGAUCAGCAGCGUGAAGGACCGCAAGAAAGCCGUCCUGUCCGACAUCGGUGUCUCGGCCUUCUGGGCCUUCCUCUGGUUCGUGGGCUUCUGCUACCUGGCCAAUCAGUGGCAGGUCUCCAAGCCCAAGGACAACCCGCUGAACGAAGGGUCGGACGCAGCCCGGGCCGCCAUCGCCUUCUCUUUCUUCUCCAUCUUCACAUGGGCGGGCCAGGCUGUGCUGGCCUUCCAGCGGUACCAGAUUGGCGCCGACUCGGCCCUCUUCUCCCAGGACUACAUGGACCCCAGCCAGGACUCCAGCAUGCCUUAUGCCCCCUACGUGGAGCCCAGCGCUGGGCCGGACCCCGCCGGCGUGGGUGGCACCUACCAGCAGCCGGCCAACGCCUUCGACACUGAGCCCCAGGGCUACCAGUCGCAGGGCUACUGAGACGCAGUGACCGCCUGCCCCCUGCCUGCCCCUGCCCCAGCCCCAGCUGCCCCCUCGGCCCUCCCUCCACACCCGCCCCCUGCUCUCCCAGGCUGCCCUGCCCAGCAUCUCACCAGCCUCCUGGUGGUUCCGCUGAGGUCCAGGGCAGCUUGGGGUGGGGUGGGGAGGUAAGGUGUGUAUGUGCGUGUGGGGGUGUCUACCUGUGUGUGCGAGUGUGUCCAGCAGGGGUCUGGGGUGUUGACAUUCAUUCAUUGUGUCAUCGAACAUUCAUUGAGCGCCUACUGUUUAUCUGUCCCGUGCUUAGCACGGAUGUGAGUGAGAAAGGGUCUCUGGGAAGGGGGAAGACGAGAGGUGGAGGAGGCCCUGUUGGUACCGGCAGGUGGAACAGAGACCAGGAUGGUGCUGGGAGGUUUGGCUGCAGGGCGGAAUGACACUGGGGGAUGACACCUGCUAGGAGACAGCAGCCCUGCUAGAAGUGAUGGGCUGUCUACGUUUUACGGUUGAAGAAACAGACCUGGAGAAGUCAGGGUCACUCCCCCAGGGUCACUCAGACAGCAGGUGGUGGAGGUGGGACCAAGCCCAGGCCACCUGACUGCAGAGCACCUGCUGUCCCCUGUCUUCCCUUCCUUCCUUCCCCUGUCCCCAAGCCUGGGGCUCCACUGCUCAGUGCUCUUCUUAUUCUGGGAAGCCUUGGGGACCCCAGCCUGUGAGAUACCCUGACUCUGCUGCAAGCUAGGGCCUCAGAUGUUCCCCAGCGGGACAGCCCUGCCUCCAGGCCCUCUCCCCACAUCCCCAACGGCCCCGCCCAGCGUGGGAAUGUCCCCUUGUAUCACUCUGCGUGUGUCCCCUCAGGAGCUCAGCACCGCCUCUGUGGCCUGCCAGAGGACUGACCAUUGUUCCUGCCUCUAGGAGGGGUUCACUAUGACCCUGCUCAGGGUUGGGUGGACGAGGAGGCCCAGAGGGGGAGCAGUUGGCCCAAGGUGACAGUGAGCGAGUGGCAGAGCUGGGCUUGCUGCUUGGGUUUCUUGGCUCCAGCCACCCAGCCAGUGCCCCAGUUCCCUGCCCUUGUGACCUCCCAGGAAACAGAACUGAUCUGGGACACUGUGUCAUCUUUCCCUUCACCAGGGUCAGGCAGGGGCUAAGGGGCUGCAGUAGCCAAGGGCAUGGAGGGUCCUUCCUCUGGCCUUCCAGAAGGCCCACUGGGGCUGGUCUCCCUGUGGGAGGGUGAGUAGAGAGGGCAGGGGCUCUGGACCCUGCAUGGCCAGCCUGGAGCUGCUGCUGUGGGACAAACUCCCCCGAGAUGAAUGGUGAGAGCCUCUGGAGCAUAGUAGGCUCAGGGAGGCUAUGGGCUGUAGGGGAGAGGGUAGCAGGUGUCCCCAAGGCACAAGGAGAGUUAUGCGGGGCAAGGAGGGGUUCCUGUAUAUGACAGGCUCCUCCCUGAGCCUUACGGGACAAGGAGGCCUUGAGCAGUGGAGAAAGGUGUGGGAAGACCUGGGGCCCAGAGCCUCAGGGAGCAGGGCAAAGGGACAGUGCUGGGUAUAGCCACCAUCAGCACCCCCACAAGAACCCUAAGAGGCAGGUAAUAUUCACUCACCUGCCCACUGAUUCAGCAUGGGGCACCUGUGCUUGGGAUAAGGCGCUGAUAGUCGGUCAGAGAUGAGCACUAGACCACUGGACCAGGGUGCAUUGCUGAGCAGAGGGCUGUACGGGUGCACGACGGGCUGAGCCUCCUGGAGAAGGGUCCUGGGAUGGCAGGAGUUAGCACAGCAAUGAGGCAGGAGAAGGAAUCCCUUAGGCAGAAAAGUAGCAUCGUCCCCACUUAACAAAAAGGGAAACAGGUUCAGAGCGUGUGAGUUAGCCAUGGGGCUUGGAUCCGAACUCAGGUCUGUUCAAGUCUUCCCAAGGGGCAGCAGUGACGGAAGAGGACCCCAGACAGCCAAGUGACAGCUGAUUGUUGCUGACUUCAGUUUUCUCCAUCCGGAGAAGGGGCUCUAUCUGUGAUCCUCUCCCUCCAGGUGGCCCAAGGGGAAACAGGAUGGGGUCAUGGUAUCUGCCAGGCUGUACCAGACCAGAGGUUUGCAGAGCAGGUAAGGGUGCAAGCCGGUGUGGAUAUGUUUGUGGCAGAAGUUCUGUGUCCAUGCAGGAGGCUGUGAGAAGUCUGUCUCCUUGCCCACUCUCCACCAGAAACCUCCCCUGCCGAAGGGCACUGGGAGACCCCAGGGUGCUGCCUGUCUGUCCUCCCUGAGCACCAACCAGCUCUGGCAAAAGCUGGGGUGAAGGGCAGGGUACAUUUAAGCUUCACCCAGCUCCUGGGUGUUGAUUGCAGACUCUCCCUACCACCCCAGCCUAGGAAAGUUUAUAAGACCCCUGCCAGGAGUGGGGGCACAGAAUCCUCUCACUCAGCAUUCCUCACUCAUCUGAGGUACAGCCUGGACACGACCCCACCAGCAGGGGCCAAUGGCGGGGGUGAUAAACAAGGCGAGAGAUGUCAGGAGGCAGAGUUUGGAUGAGACCCAGAGCUCCUGACCCCUACUGAGAGGUUGGUGGGGAAGCCCGGCUCUUUCUGUUAGCUGAGGACCCCCUGGGGCCCCAAGCUGAAAGCCUGUGCUCCCAAGCUACCAGUAUCCCCUUUUCCCUCCCUGCUGUACCCCCUUGCUUCCAAGCCUUUCCUUGGCGGAGGCCCCCGGCAUCCUGCCCUCUCAUUUGGGUUCCUUCUCCCAUCAAGAACAAGAGAAGGCCCAGGAAAACCGGGUUCCAUGCAAGGGCCCCUGGAGUCUGGGCCAGGAAGACAGUGACUUGUCCAAAGUCAGGCACAGAGCUCAAGGUUCGGGAUCCAGGUGUCCUGCCUCUGAGUUGGCACUCGUCCUGUGCAUUCCCAGGCUGACUGCCUGGGUGUGGCUCCUGGUCCCCCGGGGCUGUAACCACUGAGGGGCUAAUUACCAGGAGACUGGUCCGCUCCCUGCUCUAACCUUCCCCUGGUGAUUCUUGAUCUUCACAGACUCUUGUGGGGUCCCAGGCUUUCCCCAUGUAACCAACAGCCCCCACCUGUUACCACUCGGGGGCCCCCCAAUCUUGGCCCAAGACCCCGUCGAUUCUCUAAGGAGCACAAAGGGGGAGCAUCUCUCCCGAGAGUUUAUGAGAGGAUGGGCUGGUCCACCUGCCUCCCAGCGCUGUCUGUUGAUGUGACACUCCCUUCCCCUGGUGCCCACAGCCCUUGUCUGGGUGACCCGGCCCUUUCUGCAGCAUUACUGCCUGUGUAUAGUAUAAAUAUAUAUAUUUUCUAUAUAUAAGAUGUAUAAUAUAAGGCUCCACAAAUGUAUCUGUGUGUGUGCGCGUGUGUGCAGUGAAUGGCGGUCCCCAUCCCGGGCGCCCACUCUGGACUCCCCCCACCACCUGGUCAAGUCUCAAGAGUGAAUCCAAUGGCCCCAUGGCACCCUCCUUUAUGACAUCCGUCCAUUUGUGGUGAACCAAGUAAAGGUGGUGACUUCUGGUGACAGUAAAUAAAGUGAAGACUCAAAACCCACCAGUGGA